AUGGAGGCCACCGGGUGCGGCCGCGAGGACGCCUUCGACCGCCUCGCCAGCUGCGGCGGGCACAUCGGCAAUGCUGCCAAUCGCUUCUUCUCCAUCGACGCUGGACCGUCCGGGACCGGUAGUCGUUCUCGUUCCCCACCGCCGCCGCCGCCGGUUUCCGUUUCCGAGUCGUCGUCGGAGUCGGAGGAUGCGUUGCGCGCUCGGCCGGUCGUCCCAGCCCGCCGUACCAGCAGGGUAUCUAGAUGGGACAGCGAUACCAGAGUCGUCGUUGGGAGGAGCAGGAGCAGCCGCCGUCGUGAACGCCGCCGCCGCUGCCGCGGCAACCGGUCCCGUGAAAGUGGCAGCGGCGGCACCCCUGGUGGUGACAGGGAGGCCAGGGAGGCGGAUGGCAACCGCAGCCGUCGCCGGCGCUUCCGUGAAUUCCGUGAAGAUAUCUUCUCUGAUGGCGAGGAGGACGAUGAGGAAACUAACAGCCGCCGCCGGCGGCGGCUCAAUCCCGCAGAGCCCACUUCUGAAGGCGAGACGAAGAAAGCCGACGAUGACAACAACAGCCACCACCGCUUCCGUGAGGAUGUCAUCGUCGUCUCCUCUGACGACGACGACGACAACAACAACAUGCUGGAGGAGUUGGAAGAGGCGGCCCGGCCGGCGCCGCGGAACAGGACGUUCGAGGAGCUGUUCAAGGUACCGCGCUCGCUGACGUUCAAGGGCGGGUUCCACGCCGCGAAGGCCGACGCCGACGCCGCCGCGGACGACGGCGAGGAGGAGGCCAAGAAGGUGCUCGGGUACUACAACAUCCCGCACGACCAGCUCCCUGUCGUGGUGGUCGUCGACCCGGUCACGGGCCAGGCCAUGGACGUGCUGCACGGCAGCGCCGCCUGCGAGCUCAACGACUUCAUGGUGCGCCUGGGACCCUUCACGGAGACGAAGCCGACCAUUCAUGUCGUCAUGGCGGCCAAGAAGUCCACCAUCAGUGCAUCAGCCGGCGAUCAGAGCAACACAAGACCUGCAACGACGUCGACGAUGACUACCGCUCCGACGAGUUCCGAACGUGCCGCAGGGAGUCGACAAGAACAGGCACCGACGACGACGGUGACGAGAAAACAGCCUGAUGCCGUCGUCAUGGCUGCGGUGGCGAUGGCGUCUACACGCCAGACUCGAGAAGGACAGGCACCGACGACGGUGACAGAGCCGGCCGUGGCACCUUGCACGGGUCAGCAGCCGGAGUCGGUGGAGGAGAAGGUCUGCAAGGUGAGGGUCCGACUCGUCGAUGGCCGUGUGGUUACAAAGGAGUUUGGGAGCCAGUGCGCAGUGGCUGCGCUCUUUGCGUAUUGCCGGUCAAUGCUGGGUGCAGGAGGAGCGCCGCCGGAGAAGCCGUUCCGGUUGCUCCGCUUCGUCGGCCGGGCAACGGAGGAAAUCGGUGACCACAACGCCUCGUUCGAGAGCUUGGGCCUUCACUUGACAACUGUCUCGGUUCACCUUGGCUAA